AUGACUAACGUUAAAACCGCAAAAAGGAACGAAAGUGUUAUGUACUCCCAACUUCAACCAUGGAGUACAGUUGGUGUUUCAUGUUUGGGACAGAUCACUGGUCUUGUAGAUACAACGAGAGUUGGAGAAUUUUACAAAACCGCAAGGGCACCGUAUCCUUGGCGUCCUACUUUAGGAUACGAAUACGUAGAACCAACUCCGUUGCCUGCGCAGCCCAUAACGAAUCUGUUGAUAGAUGCUUGCCGCACGUCGUAUGGACUGGAGAUGGAACCACUAAAGUUUCCGAAUUUGAUAACUGGUUUUGAUCGCAACCCUUCGCAUGCAGCCUCUACCGCGCUUUACACGCGAUACACCCCAUGUGAUUGGAUAAAGAAUCAAGUCAAACUCUACGAUGAGGCAAGCGCGAAUAGGAACUAUUCCGAAAAAGUGCGCAAAAAUGCCGCAUGCUUACUACGAGAGGUCGAUGAGAAGGUACAGAAAGGAGAAAUGGAAAGUAGUCGAAAACUUGGGGAGAGCAUUACAGAUAUCUCUUUUUGGCGGAAUGAGAUGACAUCGGAAUUGGAAAGAUUAGUCAUAGAAAAUGAUAAAAUGCAGGAGUGUCGUCGCGGUCUACAAACUGUGAUUCAAAAUCUUGAGGGACAGUUACAUAUUGCACAAGAAUGUCUUUAUCAUCGGGAGUUGAGAAAAGGCAUUGAUCUGGUUCACGAUGAGGUUGAAAAAUUUCUACUGGAGGAAACUGAGAUAGUGAGAAAUUGUGAGAAAAAAUUGAACCAACUCAUAAAUAAAUGCAACAAUCAGUUAACAGAUAACAGAGCUGCGCAACAUCAAUUGCAAACUGAUAUAGAGAACAAGGAAACGGCGCUAGGAAUUGACACUGUAUGUCACCAGAUGAACAAUUUUAGUCGAGGUUUGCAAUAUUAUGGUGGUAUAGAAAAAUAUGAUUCUAGUCUCAUUAAGCCUGAAUCUUGGACGGAAGCGGCAAAUAAUACAAUAAAGAGAUCGCAAGCAGAACGGACAAAGUCGCAUCAAUUGCGAAACGAAGUUGACAAUGCUAUAAAUAUAGGAAAUUACGAGAUAUGUGAAGUUUGGAAUAAAACUAAUAAGGCAUUAAACAGACGAAUCGACGAAAUGUUAGAAGCAAAAGAAAAAUUACAAACGCAUUUACAUAAGAUUCAAAAAGAACUCUGUAACGUUGAGAAGAACAUAACAUUAAUGCAAAAAACCAUUGCCGAUAAAAGUUUAGCAUUGAAAGUUGCGCACACACGACUGGAAGCCAGGACGCAUCGUCCUGAGACCGAAUUGUGCAAGGAUGAUGCCCAUCUCAGGAUAAUCAAAGAAGUAGAAGAUAUUAAUAAAAUGCUAAACAAUAUGAAUGUGAAGAUACAACACUUGGAGGCACAACAUCAGCAACUCUUGCGCAAUAGAUCUAAUCUGGAAAGCGAUUUGAAAUCUAAAAUUGAUGCAUUAUUUAUUGAUAGAGAAAAGUGCAUGGGACUUAGGAGAAGUUGCCCAAUUUUAUCGAUUAUAAAAUACUGAGACAAUUAGAUUGCAGACGCAUUUUUAUAAAUUUUACUAUGCACAGAUUACAUGUAUAUUAAAAAGUA